UCACGGCCAGGGCGUCGCUGCUGCUGCUGCUGCUGCGUAGGAAGCCAAACAACACAACUAAGGCUGUAGGUAGGCGUCUCCUGGAUAAAGGAAAAACUCGAUACGAUACAAGGCGUGAGAGAGGUGGCAGAAAUGCAUUCAGCGGCUCCGGACAGCAGCGGUUCGCCGAGGAAGCGCACUAUUUCUCGGGGGAUGAGCGAGGACGAGUCCCUGCGCAACAUUAUAAAGGAGGCCGAGACCUCCUCCAGACGGCUGCCCCGGAGCGACAGCAGGACGGGGACGCUGAGGAAGAGGACUGACAGCCAGCAGUCUGACCAGGACCUCUUCAUUGGACUGCCGGACAUGUUGGAACUGCAGGCCAACUAUGACGAGGCGGUGCAGGAGCUGCGUGGGCUGGAGGUCGAGCGAGAGGCUCUGUUGUUCCAGGUGGACGUCCUGCAGGACACGAUGGAGGGCGUGGAGGAGCUGCUGGCCGAAGCCCAGAGGGAAGCUGGGCAGGCCAACUUGGAGCUGGCACGAGAGCGAGAGGAGAAGAGGAGACUGGAGAGCCUGGUUCGCUCUCUGAUGGAGGAGGUGGAGAGAUUAAAAGAGGAAAGAAAUAACCUACCAGCUGCUCCAGCGAGCCUGAUGGAAGAAGUAAGAACAAAGUCUCUCCAAGCAGAUGAGCAGGAAGGCAGAGAUGAGUCCCUGCUGUGUGAACCUUGUAGCACCAAACUUGACAACGGGGGGCUGGCGGCCCCGGAGGCGGGGGCACCGGAUAAAGAACCAGGAGACGUCUGUGCGAAGCCGCUAAGGAUGGUCGCUCAGCUCCCGGGCCGUCAGCCUUCUCUAGCACUAGGCGACCUCACUUCCACCGACGGCGUUCUUCAGAGGCCCUACGAAAACCACAGGGAGGACGGGCGGGAUCCUUCCCCCGACAGCAACGACUCGGACAAAAGUGCCUAUGAAGACGCGUCGGCCGAGACUCCGGAGCAGGACCGGACCUUCCCGGGCGACGGAGACCUCCCCGACGACGACGACGACUUGGAGGAUGAAGAAAAACGUGCAGCUGACGGCAGCCAGACCCGAGACCCCGAAAACCCUGAAACCUGCGUUUUGUCCUGAAUGCAGCUGGGUUUAAAGGUGAAACUGUUUUUAAUAUAACGCAAGAGCUUUUUGAUUAUUAUUAUUAUUAUUAUUAUUAUUAUUAUGGAAAACUUCAAUCUGAGCUGCGGUCAUUUGAUUAAUACCUGAAAAGCGUUUUACACUGAAUGUUUACUGGGUUUCAGUUGCCCUUUUUAAAUUGUCAAACAUUUCCUGGCUUCACAAAAACGCAAGAAUUAGCUUUUUUUUUUUUUUUUUUACGUCAACUGGGUCUGUUGAAAUCAUCCAAUCUUUAUGCUGUGGACCGAACAGAUACUAAAGAAACCUUUCUUAGGUGUUAUUUAUAAUCGUUUGAACCAAAUUACCAUAGUACGUGUCACUACAAAACAAAAAGCUCAGGUUUGAUAUCUGAAACUCUCAGACUACUUUAUCUUAGUUGCCAAGCAUCAUGUUGAAGUCUGCCUUUAUUUUGUUGUUUUUUCAGGGGCCUAAAAGGACAAAUAGCUGUUUUUUAUAUGUUAGCACCUGAUGGGACGUUAUCAGGACGUCUCUGUAUCCAAAACACUGUAAACUCUGUGGGAAUCCAGACACUGUCGCUGUUUUGGGUCGGUUUUAAUGUUUCACUUAAAAAUAGACUAAUUCUUUUUACUUGAAGCAGGUUUACGUCGUAUUUUGACGUUUACCUUUGCAUGGUAUCACAGGAGGAAUAUUAUUAAUAGGGAAUUUUUAAUCAUGGUUAAACACCAUCUAAGUCUUAAAUAUUUUUAUACUGUCCUUUUUGAUAUGCUUUGCUCUGUUUUUUUGUUUUACUUUUUCAAAGUAGUUGCAUUUGCACUUUUUUUUUUUUUUUUUUUUAGGGUCAAAGGUUUUGUCAGAUUAUAAUCACAUCAUUCCUUUCAUAACCAAAACAUGUCAGUUUGAAAUAAUAAUCUGAGGUGCAGCAGGUUAAAUACCGUCUGCCUACAUGGUAGUAAUGUACGUUUGCACUUUCUUUUGUGGAACUUGCUGAUAUGUCUCUUUGGACGACUUUUAUUGCUGUAAACAUGUUUUUUAUAAUGCUGUCACAUUUCCCCUCGUUACUUUAGGCAACUGUAAACCAGUUUGCGUCUUUAGUGGUGCCUGAGCACAAACAUGCUCAAUAUUUUACUAACCGCAAA